AUGGUACAAUACAGCCCACUCGACACUCAAAAGAGUGAAAUUCGUCUCGUUACCCUGCUACCGGGCCAGUCUCGCGAUGCCAUCCGAUGCACCCUGUCCAUCGCGUCUCUUGAUAGUGCCCCGGAAUACACCGCGCUAUCCUACGUGUGGGGAGAUCUGUCCAAGACAAUACCCAUCACUGUCGAUAACGAGCCAUUCGAUGUCACCGUGAAUCUCGAGGCCGGUCUCCGAGCCGUCCGGAAGCGGUGGAAGCGCCGCGUACUGUGGAUUGACGCUAUCUGCAUCAACCAGGAAGACGUCCAAGAGAAGAACGUGCAGGUUCCGCAGAUGAGACGACUGUAUUCCACCGCCCCGGCGGUGCUUAUGUGGCUUGGACCGUCCAACACCUGCAUUAAGAUGUUCGUUUCGUGGAUGCGGGCUCACGCUACGAGAAGCUACAACGCUGCGUCGGCAUAUUGGCUGGUGCUGGACGCCAGGGCAGCGAUCUCAGAGAGCGGGGAACGAGAUAGGGACUGGGCUAUGGUACUAGCCCAUGCGGGCUAUUAUGAUUUCAUGGCCUUGUCGUACUGGAGCCGCGUCUGGACUUUUCAAGAAUACAUAUUACCUCGCAUUGAGCCGGUGUGUCUAUGCGGAGACAUAAAGCCGUUCCAGCUUACCACUGUGUUUGAGAACCACGAUACUGAUACCUUGGAAAAGGUGGCCUCUCAAGCUAUUGAACGCCUAGAAGCUGGGUAUAAGAUGACGAAUGAGGAAGGUCGGGCGAUAAUGGCCGAAGUGCAUAGGAGAAUAGCGACGAAAGUGAAGUCCGGUGCAUCCAGUGGACUCUGGAUCCUUCCACGUUUACGAAACUUCCAUGGGAAAUGUUUAGCGAUGUUGUUAUACUUCACAGCGAAUCGGCAAUGCUUCGUCGAGCAUGACAGGAUCUUUGCGCUGUAUGGUAUGGUGCCGGCUGUUCAGGAUGUAUACCCACCAGAUUACGCGAAGCCGGUCCCUGACGUAAUGCUCCAGGCAGCGACAUAUAUAGUGAACUUCGAACAUCAAAGCUCCUAUCUGUGGUCAGUUUUCGGGCUUCGGGACGAACGACUUUCGGGUGCCUCGCGCUUAUGUCCCUCAUGGGUGCCGGACUUCACGCAAACGUACAACAAUUUUCUUUUCACAUACCCAACAAUAAACUUGAAUCAACAUGUCAUGAAAGAAAGGGUGGCGAUGCCCCUCAGGCUGUCAGAAGAUAGGCCAGCGUGUGUAUCAGUUGAAAACACGACACUUCGAUUUUGGGCUAGACGUCUCGGGGCCUGCAAGGUUGCAGUCCGGUUCGCAGACACACAAUCAAAAAUCCUCGAGCAGGUCAAGGAGCUCCUAGAUAUAGAUGGGUCGGGAGAUUGUAAAGGUCAAACCGUCAGGAAACCUGAGACCCUCGUUUCCAGGAUGGCCCGAGCCUGCGUUGCCCAUCAUUCAUCGUUUUUCGAUAUUUCGACAAAGUCGAUUCUUGAGACCUUCUAUACGGUCUUCAACUCGGGCCCUGGUGCUCUACAUAACAGCUCUCAUGAGUUCUAUGGAAGAAUAAUCCUAUCUGCCAUAGAAUACCUGGCAGGAAAAGACUUGCUGAUCACCGAGGAUGGCUGCUUCGGAAUCAGCACGGGUGGAGCUAAGGAUGGUGAUAUAAUAGUAAUCCCCCCAGAAAUUGAAGUUCCACUAGUCUUGACACCAGAAUCGCCGACCUUGGAAGAUGAAAUUGGUUAUUUCAAUAUGGUCGGAACGGCCAUUAUCGACGGUGUCAUGGGAGUAGGGGAGCUGUUUGAUGAAGAAUUAGUCGAAGAGGUUGCAAAACAAGACGUCGUGGAAUUCCUCGUACACUGA